AGCCUCAAUGGGUCCAGUAGUUGUCCUGGUGCUGGGCCUCUCCUGCCUGCUUCUCUUUUCCAUAUGGAGACAGAACUCUGGAAGAAGGAAGCUCCCUCCUGGCCCCACUCCUUUCCCAAUUAUUGGUAAUAUACUGCAGCUUGAUAUUAAAGACAUCACUAAAUCUUUAACCAAUCUCUCCAAAGUGUAUGGCCCUGUGUUCACUCUGUACUUUGGCAUGAAGCCCACUGUGGUGCUGUAUGGAUAUGAAGCAGUGAAGGAAGCCCUGAUUGAUCAUGGGGAGGAGUUCUCUGGGAGGGGCAGGUUCCCAUUGAUUGAAAAAGUUAGUAAAGGCCUUGGAAUUGUUUUCAGCAAUGGACACAGAUGGAAAGAGCUGAGGCGCUUUACACUCAUGACCUUGCGGAAUUUUGGGAUGGGGAAGAGGAGCAUUGAAGAGCGUGUUCAAGAGGAAGCCCACUGCCUUGUGGAGGAGUUGAGGAAAACUAAUGGCUCACCCUGCGACCCCACCUUCAUCCUGGGCUGUGCUCCCUGCAAUGUGAUCUGCUCCAUUGUUUUCCAGAAUCGUUUUGAUUAUAAAGACCAGAAUUUGCUUAACUUGAUGGAGAAAUUGAAUGAGAAUGCCAAGAUUCUGAGUUCACCAUGGGCGCAGAUCUACAACCUUUUCCCUGGUCUCAUUGAUUACGUACCAGGGAGUCAUAAAACUGUACAAGAUAAUGCUGAUCAUAUUAAAAGUUAUGUUUUGAAGAAAGUGAAUGAUCACACGGAUUCACUGGAUGUUAACAAUACCAGAGACUUGAUUGAUUGUUUCCUGAUUAAGAUGAAACAGGACCAGAAAAAUCACAAGGAACCAUUAGAAUUCACUAAGGAAAAUUUGAUAGCUGCUGCAUUUGAUUUAUUUGGUGCUGGGACAGAAACAACGAGCACAACACUGAGAUACGGCCUGCUGCUCCUGAUGAAGCACCCCCAUGUCACAGCUAAAGUGAAGGAAGAGAUCGACCGUGUGAUUGGCAGGCACCGGAGACCCUUCAUGCAGGACAGGAGCCAAAUGCCCUACACAGAUGCUGUGAUUCAUGAGAUCCAGAGAUACAUUGAUCUCUUACCCAUGAACCUGCCCCAUGCAGUGACCAGGGACAUUAAGUUCAGAGGCUACCUCAUUCCCAAGGGUACAACCAUACUGACAUCAUUGACCUCUGUGCUAAAUGACCACAAGGAAUUCCCCAACCCAGAGACGUUUGACCCCGGCCACUUUCUGGAUAAAAGUGGGAACUUCAAAAAAAGUGAUUACUUCAUGCCUUUCUCGUCAGGCAAACGGAUGUGUGCUGGAGAAGGCCUGGCUCGGAUGGAGCUGUUUUUAUUCCUGACCACCAUUUUACAGAACUUCAACCUGAAAGCUCUGGUGGAUCCACAGGACCUUGAUACCCGUCCAGUGGUGAAAGGGCUUCUUUCUGUGCCCCCUCCAUACCAGCUCUGCUUCCUUCCAGUGUAAAGAAGAGCUCUGCUGUCUGCCUCCAGCUGUACAGUAACUAGCAGUUCCCUCCUGUGAGCCAUCACUCACCCCCUUCUCCUGUCAGGGAUGCCUUCCUGUCCUCCCUUCUCACUUCUUCCCACUCCCUCCAGACCCAGGAAGAUCCAUUCUCCAGUUUGGAGGGCUUCCUGUAUCACUACACAAUGAUACCUACAGUUCUCUAUGAUGUAUAAUAGAUUCAUUCACCACCCCAAGC